AUGGCUUCUGCAGUCUGGGGGAACGCUCCCUGGUGGGGCCCACCGCCCCCAGCCCCAGCCCGGCCACUCACAGACAUCGACUUCUGCUCUGGAGCUCAGCUGCAAGAACUAACCCAGCUGAUCCAGGAGCUGGGUGUGCAGGAGAGCUGGAGUGAUGGGCCCAAGCCAGGACCAGAUCUCCUCCAGGCCAAGGAUUUUGUGUUCUCUUUGCUUGGUCUCAUUCACCGCAGGGACCCUCGUUUUCCUCCCCAGACAGAGCUUCUGCUGCUUCGUGGUGGGAUUCGAGAGGGCUCCCUGGAUUUGGGGCCUGUGCCUCUAGGUCCCUACACUCGGGGACCUCACUACGAUGCCGGCUUCACACUCCUGGUGCCCGUGUUUUCUCUAGAUGGCACUGGGCAGGAGCUGCAACUGGACAUGAGAUCCUGUUACGCAUGGCUCUGCCUCCCAGAGCAGGUACCCGGAACCUCGGUCCGGGAAGCAUGGCAGGAUUGCCUAGGACCCCCAGUCCCAGGAGGACGUGAUUGGAUCCACCCAACUGAAAGCAGAGAAAGUCCCCGGGACCCGCAAAGCUCCGUGGACCAGCCACACGGUGACAUCACUGAGCCUGAGGCACACGAGUCUUUGGGAAAAUCACCUAGUAAUGUUUCAGUGCCAGAGUUAUCCCAGCAAAACCUAACCGAUAUUGAUUUUCCCUCACCAUCGGAAGAAACAAAUGAUGACGUCACCAAAGCAGCCGAUGUUAGCCCAGGGCCACAGCCGUCGGAGGCUCGGGAGGCAUGGCCCACACUGUGCCCCGCCCAGGUGGCUGCUUGGUUCUUUACUUCGCUGGCUGCGGUCGCUGAGUCCCUGUUCCCGGUCCCGGGUGCCCCGCGCUUGGUCCACGCAGCCCGCCACGCAGGGUUCACUACCAUCCUCCUGGCUACGCCCGGGCCCCCGCGCCGCCUCCUGCUUUUCGACCUGAUCCCCGUGGUAUCUGUGGCCGGCUGGCCCCAGGGGGCUCGGAGCCACUCGUGGGCCGGCCCGCUGGCCUCGGAGUCGUCCUCCUUCUAUCUGGUGCCCGGCGGCGGCGGCCGAACCGAGCGGCCGGGCGCCUCCGGCUGGCAGCUCUGCUUCGCCCGCCAGGAGCUGGCGCUCAAGGCGCGCAUACCCGCUCCGCUGCUGCAAGCGCACGCGGCGGCCCAGGCGCUCCUGCGCCCGCUGGUGGCGGGGACCCGGGCCACGGCGCCCUACCUCCUGCGGACGUUGCUCUACUGGGCGUGCGAGCGGCUGCCAGCACUCUAUCUGGCGCGACCCGAGAAUGCGGGCGCCUGCUGCCUCGGGCUGCUGGAUGAACUGGGCCGAGUGCUCGAGGCAGGGACGCUGCCCCACUAUUUUCUGAGUGGCCAAAAGCUCCGUGCGGGGGACGGCGCCAAUUCGCUGCUCGGGGCGUUGGCCAUGCUUCGCGGGGACCCUGCUCGGGCCCUGCGCUCCGCUGUGGAGGAGGCCAAGGCUGCGCGUAAGGGGGGUGGCUUAGCCGGCGUGGGAGCCGGGUCCCAUUAA